UACAUGUAUGAAGAAAGUACGAGUGAAAGUCGUUGUUCGAAAGACUGGCUUUAGCCGCGUUGUUCUCUGGCCACAAACAAUUCAACAAGGCUCGUUAGUGAAGAGAAUAUUAAGCUUACUGAAAAAUAAGGAUCAUGAUGUUGGAGACGUGAGGCACGGUUAUCCUCCUACUCGACUGUCAGUUGCUGGAGUGAGAUCAUGGGUCCGGCUGUAUGACAGAGAUACAUUAUGGGUAACUCUAAAAGGUGGAAGAGCUUCAGAACCUGCUGUGACGACAUCUAGCUUAUCAUCUAAUUUGGGGAUUUGUUCUCCAUCUUGUGACUUUCUUCUCUCCUGCAUUGCUGCAGGUCUUCGGUUACACAAGAAAGUGUCUGAAAGAGCAUUGUCAUCUAACGGACUGUUGUAUCAAGUAGUAAAGACAACAUGUGGAUUUUCCCAUAUGACACUUUACGAAUUCAGCCAUUUGCCAUCACAUCAUUUUGUGUAUGAUCAGGUGUUAGAUCGACUUGUGGAAGUGAAUGAUUUCAAUGAACUUCUUAGAAUGAUUUUCCAAAGUGGAGCAACAAUGAAGUCAUUUUAUAUACAAAGUGCCAGUAUGGUUUAUAGACAUGCAUCUGUGCCUGGUGUAAUACCAUACUCUGGUGUUGGUUAUAUUGUUGGACGUUGUGCGUCGGAUCAACAUUCUGAGAUAACUUUUCGACUGUUUACUGAAAGGCGAAUCCAACAAGCAGUGAGGAGUAACGGCGGCAUUAGUUUAAAUGUUGAAACACAGUCAAUUACUACUGACUAUAAUACAUAUGUUUCUACAAAGACAUCGAAACAGUUAUGUGUACCACCAUGUUUAUAUGUGGGAUCCAAAGAUGAUCCCCGGUAAAGGAAACCUCACAACUUGAAAUACUUGUUUUGCAU